CACCACUAGCAGCACUGAGCGCAUCAUUGCGUGCGGAACGGGGAAGUGCGCAGGAGCAGUCUAAGGUAAUCAGAGAGAAGGAUACUAGGAGCCAGGACAGCAUCUGGCGGAUCUUUACUCCCUGAACAUGAGAAUACCUUCGACAUUGUGUUAGGAGGGGGAAAGAGAACCACAAAUUAUUUUCUUCGACGCGCCUCGCCAAGAUGAAGAUCGGACGCUGAAUCUUUUGUUAUUGAUUUUUUUUUGCACCCAAACCACAUUUGUUUUCACCAUACGCUUAAAUGCAUCCUAUAGAUAUCAAGGGAAGGUUUUGGGAACCGAAUUCUCUCCAACGUUUUCUAAACGAGAGUCGAGAGUGCGCAAAGACCGAUUUCACCGAGAAAAACCAUUUAAACAAUUAAAUGCGCUCAAAGGUCUGCAUUUAUGGGACACUUGGAAUAUGUUCAACUCUCCAUGAAAGACUUAGUGAAGGGAAAAUUUGGUCAUUUCUAAUCUGAUCUCCAUAGCUACACGGGGAAUCCCAUGGUCCGCGACACACCAAAUCACCAGAAACCUGGACUGCGACGCGGUUGGACACCUUCCGUGCGUCGCCUUUUAUGCAUUUGGAUUUUUUCUCCACGGGAUUUGUACAUUUCAUGUAGAUCCCUGACAUGUUCAUGGCUCCGGAGUCUAGCGACAGUAAGCCUAGCGGGUGUGGAGAGCGGACGAUGCACGACUAGUUAGGCAGAGCCAGCGCACUUUCCCUUCGCCCUGUUCCAAUUAGGCGCUAUUACGCACAGGAGUGUCAACCGGGACCACCAAACGCGUCUCCCACCAUAGACUUCUCAUUAAAAUCAUUCCUAAUUUCCUUCGCUGCUGUCAUCGUAGUAUGUCUGCACUUCGAAAGAAAUUUGGGGACGAUUAUCAGGUAGUGACCACCUCAUCCAGCGGGUCCGGGUUCAACCAGGGUCCCCCGGAGAAGAAGAAGAAGAGGCAGCGCUUCGUGGACAAGAACGGGCGAUGUAACGUCCAGCAUGGAAACCUGGGCGGUGAGACCAGCAGAUACCUCUCGGACUUGUUUACAACUCUGGUCGACUUGAAAUGGCGGUGGAAUCUGUUCAUCUUCAUCCUAACUUACACGGUGGCGUGGCUCUUCAUGGCCUCCAUGUGGUGGGUGAUCGCCUACAUCCGAGGAGACCUCCACCGAACCCACGACGACAAGUACACGCCUUGUGUGGCCAACGUGUACAACUUUCCCUCAGCCUUCCUGUUCUUCAUCGAGACCGAGGCCACCAUAGGAUACGGGUACAGAUACAUCACGGACAAAUGUCCCGAGGGCAUCAUCCUCUUCCUGUUCCAGUCCAUCCUGGGCUCCAUCGUGGACGCCUUUCUGAUCGGCUGCAUGUUCAUCAAAAUGUCCCAGCCCAAGAAGAGGGCCGAGACCCUGAUGUUCAGUGAACACGCGGUGAUCUCAAUGCGAGAUGGGAAGCUGACUCUCAUGUUUAGGGUGGGCAACCUGCGUAAUAGCCAUAUGGUCUCCGCACAGAUCCGCUGCAAACUGCUGAAAUCUCGCCAGACGCCCGAGGGAGAGUUCCUUCCCCUGGAUCAGCUGGAGCUGGACGUGGGAUUCAGCACCGGAGCGGACCAGCUCUUCCUCGUCUCACCGCUCACCAUCUGCCACGUGAUUGACACCAAGAGCCCCUUCUACGAACUCUCCCAGAGGUCCAUGCAAACGGAACAGUUUGAGAUUGUUGUCAUACUAGAAGGGAUAGUGGAGACCACAGGGAUGACGUGCCAGGCGCGGACGUCGUACACGGAGGACGAGGUGCUGUGGGGCCACCGCUUCUUCCCCGUCAUCUCCCUGGAGGAGGGCUUCUUCAAGGUGGACUACUCGCAGUUCCACGCCACCUUCGAGGUGCCCACGGCGCCCUACAGCGUGAAGGAGGCGGAGGACGCCCUGCUGCUCUCCUCGCCGCUCCUGGCGCCGUCCCUGUGCAACAGCGGCGGCGGCGGCGGCGGCGAGCGCAACAGCUCCCUGGACGGCCUGGAGGCGCUGGAGGACAGCGACUCCACGGCCAAGCUGCCCACCAAGCUGCAGAAGAUGACGGGCGGGGGCUGCCGCGACGGGCUGCCCCGCAAGCUGCUGCGCAUGAGCUCCACCACCUCGGAGAUGACCUACAGCCUGGGCGACCUGCCCAUGAAGCUGCAGCGCAUCAGCUCGGUGCCGGGCGUGUCCGACGACAAGCUGCUGCUGGGGAAGGCGUCCAAAAUCGGCAGCGAGCCCAUGAGCAAGUCGGUGGCGGACUUGCCCCCCAAGCUGCAGCGGCUGGCCGGCGGGGGCAGGAUGGACGGACACCUGCCGCCCAAACUGAGGAAAAUGAAUUCGGACCGCUUCACGUAAAAGAAGCGCGGAAAGACGGUAAACGCGCGCCGGCGACGAGCGAUGGACCUGACUCGCGUGAGUUUGACUGAGCUCAGCGAAACCCAGACUGAACUUCUCCGUUACUACUUAACCUCCCCACUCCUUGUAUUCCUCCUGAUUUAUCUACCGGGACAUAAAGGACAUAGUAGUAUACAGACGUGUGCACAUAUACCUUAUAUCAAGUAGGGUGAUGGAGUGUGCCACUUCGAUCCUGGAUGUGAGUACACACUCUGAGAGACCGCUGAGGUGAAUUUCAGGACGAUGUACGAUUAGCACAAUCAGGCAUGUAACAAACACUUAGCGCAUGUAGAGCAGACUCUCAACUAUUUCUGGCAUGACAUUUAUUGAUAUAUAAUUUUACAAAGAAGAUUUUUUCUGUUGGUGCAUUUGCUGAGAGUGGAGAGUUGCACAAAGCCAUAUGGGUAGAGAGAUUUGGACGGCCGGCAUUACACGGUCGCAAACUUGUGGUGACAGACACAUACAUUUGUUUUUCAGUUUAUUGCUUUUGUUGUUUACUGUAAAAGUUGUGGCAACGUUUUGUUGAUUGCAUGCUACUCCUAAUGACUUAGCUAGACAAAGGUAAUAGACAAGAUGUUUAGCCUUAACUAUAUUACCUUGUUUCCAUUACCAUUUGUUCACAAUUGUAUUUUUGGUAUUUCAUGUACAGGAUAUUUUACCAUGUGCAAUUUUAUGAAUUUAUGAGUUGAUUACAUAUGCUGCUGGAUUAUGUAUUUUAUAAUGCAUGAUCUACCUCAUAUGACCUGUUGGGACUGGGCAUACUGCUGGCCAACACACACACACACACACACACACACACACACACACACACACACACACACACACACACACACACACACACACACACACACACACACACACACACACACACACACACACACACACACACACACACUAGUGGCACUUAAGUUGAAAGUGUUAAAGCUGGUACUUAUAAGCACAAAAUGAUCAUUAUCUCUACCCUUUGUUGAAAAUGCUUUUUAUGCCCACAUCAUAAACACAUUAGUCAGCUGCAGCAAUCCCUACUCUCUGUUACACUCACAACAAGUCACAAUCUAUAUGCCAGAAAACAAUAAUUUAUACCUAAACGUGUAAAUUCAAAUUUCAACUUGAGUGUUACUGUUUACUCAUAUAUUCCACGGUGGGCCUAUAAUACUAAGGAAGAAGUCACCACCUAUGUCUUAAGAUUACAUUCCCCCUCCUCUUAAUGAAAGCAAUAAUGUUGCCUAUAUGAUGACUAUAACCUUUAUAUAGCCACAGGGUCGAUAGGCCAAGGUCCAUUUGUUAACAGUGUCCAUGCCAAAAAUACACUAAAGCUGGUUCCUCCCCAACUCAUCAAAGGCAUUGUAUGAUACUCACCCUUUUCAGGAAUAAAGAUCUAAAAUACAUAUUUAACCGCGACUAGUUUCAGUUUAAACACCUUUAUAACAGUGGUCUACGAAUCACAGUACAUCCGUUUGAUCAGCCAGUAUGUCGUCACGAUAGAGCCAACUCGAAACUGAAACCAUUGGAGAGUUAUUGAGUUCAUGCUGAUGUUAGCCCCGUUUCUAGUCCGACUUUAGUUCCAAUAAAUCACCUACAAUAUGUG